UUUUUUUUUUUUUUUUUUUUUUUUUUUUUUCUUCACACGGCGGUCGCUACCUAGAUACAAACGGGUUUCGCCUCGCUCACUCACCGUCCUCCCGGGCUCCUCUAUGUUUGAUUCAUUUUUCACGUCUGGCACCGGUGGAAAAUAAAAAAGCUAUUUGAAUGUACAGCAUGAUGAUGGAGACGGACUUGCACUCCCCUGGCGGAGCCCAGGCCCCCACGAACCUCUCGGGGCAGACCGGAGCGGGAGGCGGCGGCGGCGGCGGCGGCGGCGGCGGCGGGGGAAACAAAGCGAACCAGGACCGGGUCAAGAGACCCAUGAACGCCUUCAUGGUGUGGUCGCGGGGCCAGCGGCGGAAGAUGGCCCAGGAGAACCCCAAAAUGCACAACUCGGAGAUCAGCAAGCGCCUGGGAGCCGAGUGGAAAGUCAUGUCGGAGGCCGAGAAGAGACCGUUCAUCGACGAGGCGAAGCGGCUGCGGGCGCUGCACAUGAAGGAGCAUCCGGAUUAUAAAUACCGGCCACGGCGGAAGACCAAGACCCUGCUCAAGAAGGACAAGUACUCGCUGGCCGGGGGGCUGCUGAGCGCCGGGUCGGCCGGGGGAGGCCCGGCCGGCGUCGGCGUGGGCAUGGGCGUCGGCGUCAGCCCGGGCGGCGUCGGGCAGCGGCUGGAGAGCCCCGGCGGCACGGCCAGCGGCGGCUACGCGCACAUGAACGGCUGGGCCAACGGCGCCUACCCGGGCUCGGUGGCGGCGGCGGCGGCGGCGGCGGCGAUGAUGCAGGAGGCGCAGCUCGCCUACAGCCAGCACCCUGGCAGCGGGGGGCACCCGCACCACCCGCACCCACAUCACCCGCACCACCCGCACAACCCGCAGCCCAUGCACCGCUACGACAUGGGCGCCCUGCAGUACAGCCCCAUCUCCAACUCGCAGGGCUACAUGAGCGCCUCGCCCUCGGGCUACGGCGCCCUGCCCUACGGCUCCCAGCCCCACCAGAACUCGGCGGCGGCGGCGGCGGCAGCGGCAGCGGCGGCGGCCGCCUCCUCGGGUGCGCUGGGCGCCCUGGGCUCGCUGGUGAAGUCGGAGCCCAGCGUGAGCCCGCCCGUCACCUCGCACUCGCGGGCCCCGUGCCCCGGGGACCUGCGGGAGAUGAUCAGCAUGUACUUACCGGCCGGGGAAGGCGGGGAUCCGGCGGCCGCUGCCGCCCAGAGCCGGCUCCACUCCCUGCCCCAGCACUACCAGAGCGCCAGCACGGGGGUGAACGGCACCGUCCCCUUGACGCAUAUCUGAGCCCCCGCCGGCACUGGAGUGCCGGAGGCAGCCACGGGCGCGGCACCGGCUCGGCCGCCGGCCCCGGCCCCGGGCCGGCCCG